CACAUUUGCCGAUUUAAACUAAAGUUCCAAUAGUUUCCUGUUGUAGGUGUUUUGGAUUUCUAACUACUCCACUGGCCUUUUGUGUAUAUCGUGGGAUACCUCUUAAUCCUCAGGAAAGAAAGUUCGUUUUAGUAUGUUUUGGAGGACUGGCUACUUGAAAAUAAUGGAAGGUUUACUUAAAAAAUGUUUGAUAGGCAGCCAUUUACAACCCUGUCGAUUUCAUCAUUAUGACCAGUCAAACCGCCUUUUAAUCUCUCGCCUCUUUCAGCCCAUGAAUCUCAGAGAAGACAGAGUGAUUGGACUGGAAGGAAGAUCAGCAGACAUGACCUGCAAAAGCCAAAGGCUGAUGUUGCAAUUGGGUCUCAUUCACCCUGCUAGUCCAGGCUGCUAUCAUUAUUUACCUUACACAGUUCGAGCAAUGGAGAAACUUGUUAAAGUAAUAGAUGAGGAAAUGCAGACCAUAGGUGGCCAAAAGAUAAAUAUGCCUUGUUUAAGCCUGGGAGACUUGUGGAAAACAAGCAAUAGAUGGGAUAUGAUGGGCAAAGAACUCUUCCGACUGAAAGACAGACACAAUGUAGAAUAUUGUUUGGGACCAACUCAUGAAGAAGCCAUUACAGACUUGAUAGCAUCCCAAGGUAAGAUUUCCUAUAAGCAGUUACCAUUAUUAAUGUAUCAGAUAACAAGAAAAUUUAGGGAUGAAGCUAAACCUCGCUUUGGGUUGCUUCGGGGUAGAGAAUUUUACAUGAAAGAUAUGUACACGUUUGAUGUUAAUGAGGAGGCUGCUCAAAAGACAUACAAUACUGUUUGCAGUGCCUACAGUAGUCUGUUUGGGAAAUUAGGACUGGAAUUUGUUAAGGUGGAAGCUGAUACAGGCAGUAUAGGUGGGACAAUGUCACAUGAGUUUCAUCUUCCUGCACAAAUUGGAGAGGACAGACUGUUGAUUUGUCCAGGCUGCAGUUUUGCAGCAAAUUUGGAGACAAUGAAAGUGAAUGAGACCAAUUGCCUAGAUGGGACAAGCUGCCCAAAGUGCAGUGAAAAAAUGACUGAGGCCAAAGGCAUUGAAGUGGGGCAUACAUUUUACCUGGGGACCAAAUAUUCGUACAUUUUUAGUGCAUCGUACAACAAUGCUCAUAAUAAACCUGUUGUAGCAGAAAUGGGUUGUUUUGGACUUGGUGUCUCGAGAAUUUUAGCAGCUUCUAUUGAAGUACUCUCCACUGAAGACAGCAUUCGUUGGCCAAGACGUAUUGCACCUUAUCAGGUCUGCAUUAUCCCACCUAAGAAAAGUAGCAAGGAAGAAGCAGCAAUUAACUUUGCAGAGGAUCUUUAUGACACUAUUACAGAAACUCUGACUCCUCUGAAAGGAGAAGUACUUUUGGAUGAUAGAAGCCACUUGACAAUUGGCAAACGGUUCAAAGAUGCCGAUAAAUUAGGUUAUCCAUAUGUUAUAGUUGCUGGAAAGAAAUUGUUAGAGGAUCCACAUCAUUUUGAAAUGUGGUGUCAGAACACAGGAGAGACAUUAUUCCUGCCCAAAGAAGGUAUCAUAGAAUUUCUUAGUAAAACUUCGACUGUUCUGUAAUCUACAUUCAGAAAGCUGAAAUGAAGGCAUCCUCAGCUGUGAAGGAUUUUCCUUACAGUGACUUUAUUGAAAAUGUUGGCUUUUAUUUCACACUGUCCAUUAACUGUCCUUUAAAACAUGAUGGUGGUUUGUUUUUGAGAGGAUACCCUGUGAUUCUUUGCGUAUCAUGCAUUUUGAUCUGAAUGAGGAAAGCCUGCCAUGCUUAUCCAGUGACAUGGUGGGCUGUGGUGCUAGCAUUUUAUUGUUGUGUGGUGUGCAUUUCAGGAUGGCGUUGAUAGGCCAUGACUUUGUCACACACAUUGCUAUGAUAUAAAAGCUGGUAGUACUACAGUCCAUUUAAUAAGUUUUAAAGGAGGUAUUACUGUGAAGAAGGUCAUUAGUGUACAGUUUUAUGCAUUAUGAUUGUAAUCCACAGUGUUGUGGUGGAAAUAUGAUAAGCAAGUUAUAGAAGGCUGUCUAAUGUAAAUGCCACUAUUGAUCUUCGUCACAGGUCACCUGCACACUGAUAAACCUGUAUCAUAUAAGUGAAAUUGUAUGGCAACGUUAACCUUGGUGAUCUUCUGAUGAAGCUGGUACCUGACAUGGGCACAUGGUCUUUAAGUCACACAUGAAACAUUUUUAGCAAAGAUUUUUAAAUCUAUAUGUUUUUCUGCUAAUUGUAAUAUGUAUUGCACAUUUCCCUUUGGGGUGACAAAACACUGAAUUAAUGCAUUUGUAUUAUGUUUUUGUGUAGUCUGUAACUGUAGUGUAUUAAUUGUAAUUAUGUUGUUAGACCACUGUACAGCUGUAACAAAAGUGAUGUUUGAAUGCCUUUCCAGUGGUAAAAGAAUAUCAUUGUUAUACGGCUUAACCUAGUAAAGAAGAGGGUACUGUGCCAGUAUGCAUCAUAUUGCCCUUAUAACAUAGGGAAUUUAUCAGUAGCUCACUCAUAGGUUUGUAAAUGGUUAUUAGGCUUAUGAUCCUAGAGGAACUAUUUAUGCCCAGCCAUGCUUCCCAAGAUGUGAAUCAAGCCCUGUACCUUAUGCCUGUUUGGUAAAUACCUUAACAAUUAUGCCAGCCCAACCCCUUUUUUUUUUGUAUUUAACUGUGGCAGAGUACUGACCUCAGUGGACAUUUUCCUGACUCAGUCCAGGAACUCUGUGUCACUCUCAACAAGUCACUUAUACAGACAGGCAGUUGAGGCUGAGGGAAUCAAACCCUGGACUACUGGACCACAAGAAGCAACUCGUUAAUAGCCCCUUAAUCCUGUAUGCCAACUGACAUUAAGUUCUCUAACAACACCCUGAGUCUAGGGUCUACUCCUGACCUCUGGUCAUCAUUUUAAUGGAGCUUGCAUAUUUUUCUGAUAUCUUCUUUUCUGAUGUCUUUGCGAGUUUUCACAAGCUCCUUUGUUUUACUGCCUCCCAGAAACUCACUAGUUGAUUGGUUGUCUGGUCUUAAUUGUCCAUAAUCACUGCAUUUUCUUCUGACAGUGUGCCAUGGAUUUUGUCUGUAAAGGAACCAUGAAGGCUCAUGUCAAUUAUCCUGUUGAAAGAUCCGAAGGUAAUUAGCACUAAAUGGUGUGUAUCUAAUUGCCGCCCUGCAUUAGAUUAAGGAUUAACUAUAUAUAGUCUGUCAUUUAAAAAAAAAAAAAAAAAAAGUCAGUAUAUAUCCUCUACCAGGAGUGUGAUGAUAUGUAGUUGAAAUCUGUGGUACUGUAUCUGAAAGAAUCAUCCACAAAGAAGUUUUCUUUUGAACCAAAACCAAACAAUAAAUGACAACACCUGCAAUGUAUAUAUGCAUGGCUAUUGAUAAAUGUCAUAGUAGAAUUGAGGUAGGUGUGUCUUGUGAAUAAAAUUGUUUAUUUCUUGUA